AGUUCAAAAUGGUUAAUUUAAAAUGAUUUAACUAUGAAAAUUUUUUCACUUAUCCUAGUUCUUUCAAACUAGUUUGGCCGUAUUGAUUUUACUUACUUUAGUUAGUCAGUAAGUGGUUGGUUUAUGUGUACAUCACCAAUCAACUUUUCAACUCAUCUUAAAAAGGUCUAAAAUUAGACUAUCAUUUUUAUCAAUUAAAAAUACUUACUUUCAUUUGUUUCAUUCCAUUCCAUUCCAUUCCUUCUUUCUAAUCUUGCUGGAUCAUACUAGCAAUGAGCAAUUUCCCUAAUUAUCCUCAACUUGCAUGUGGGGCUCGAGCUUUAUUACAUCCAUUAGCUCCAAACAAUGAUAACGCGUUCAAUCCAUGCUUUCUAACCUUUGUGUUCGCGUCAUUUAGUAUUAUUGCUAUCAUAUUAGGAUCUGUUACAUUAAUUACUACUAUCAAGGAGUCUCCUAAGUAUGGGACUUAUUCAUCAAAACUUACUGGAUUAAACCAUUACGUUAGAGUAUCAUUGGUACUAUUUCAUGGACUUUUAUUUCUUUAUAUUACUACUUUCAAUAAUAUUCAUGAAAGAUUAGCAGAUACCAAGAUACUAUCAUUUAGUUUAAUCACAAUUAAUUUACUUUUAGUAAUAUUACCAUUGCAUUUCAUUGAAACCAGUUAUCGAGUCAUUCCAUUUGAUUAUUUAUUAUUAUUUUGGCCUAAUUUCCUUAUCAUUGAAAUUGUAUUAUUCUUUCAAGAUAAUUUCACUAGUUGGAGAUUAAUCAAACUGGUUGAAUAUGGAGGUGCUAUUUCUAUCAUAGAAGGUAUAUUAAUCCUAAAUACUAUCGUCAUUUUCUAUUUAGAAUAUUCAAAAUCAUUUUGGAAACCAAAUAAAGAACUUACAUUUCAAUUAAUUAAAAAUGGUCAAGAGAAACAACUUGAUCAACACAAUGUGAUUGACAGAAUCACUUUAAACUGGAUGAAUCCUAUCAUUGUCAGUACGUUUAAAAAACAAUAUCUUGAUGAAUCAGAAUUACCUCAGAUUCCAGCAGGUGUAUCUACCGUAGCAAAUACUGAAAUUCUUGCUAAACAUUGGAAUAAUCGAAAAUCUGGUUCAUUACUUUCAUGUUUGAUUGGUUCAUAUGGAUUUCAAAUCUUUAUUGCCAUUGUUUUUGAAUUCAUGGGUAGAUUAUUAAAUUUUGUUAAUCCUCAAUUAUUAAGAUUAUUUAUAAAAUUCUUUGAUAAUAAAGAUGCUCCUAUUUUACAAGGUAUUUUAAUUGCCAUUGGGAUUUUCAGUGUAACCAUCGUCCAAACAUCAUUAUCAAAUGAAUAUAUUUUAAGAGCUUUACAAGUUGGAUUAGGUUCAAGAUCUGCUUUAACUGCUUUAAUUUAUCAAAAAUCAUUAAAAUUAUCUCCAGAAGCAAAAUUAAAAACUUCAUCAGGGGAUAUUAUAAAUUUAAUUGCAGUUGAUCUUACCAGACUUCAAACCGUCACUCAAUCCUUAAGUACGUUAUUUCUUGGUCCCUUAGAUGUCAUUUUAUGUCUUAUUUCUUUAUGGCCCUUAUUAGGUAAAUCAACUUUGGCAGGAAUAUUCGUCAUGGUACUUUUAGUACCCAUUAAUUCUAUCUUAGUAAGAUAUCUGAAAGAUUUAAGUAAAACUCAAAUGAAAUUAAAGGAUAAUAGAUCAAGAAUCAUUAAUGAAAUCUUAUCAUCCAUAAAAUCAAUUAAAUUAUACGCUUGGGAAAAACCUAUGCUUUCAAAAUUAAGUGAAUCAAGAAAUGAAAAAGAAUUAAAAAAUUUAGGUACCAUUAGAUUAGUUAAUCAAGUUGGAAAUUUUAUUUGGAAUUUAAUUCCAUUCUUAGUUUCUUUCACAUCAUUCACUACAUUUGCUUUAACAAGUUCAACUCCUUUAACUUCAGAUAUUGUAUUUCCAGCAUUAGCUAUUAUAAAUCUUUUAUCCGGACCAUUAUUGGAAUUUCCUACCCUUAUAACAUCUAUGAUUGAAGGUCAUGUGGCAUUAGAGAGAAUAACCAAUUAUUUGAUCAGUACUGAAGUUGAUGAUAAAUUCAUUACUCGUACUACUUCAUCUACAGAAGAAUAUGCCGUAAAGAUUAAAAAUAGUUCAUUUUUAUGGUCGAAGCCUAAAUUUGAAGAUGAUCUGGAAUCAGCUAUUCAAUCUUAUAAUUAUGCUCUUCAUGAUGUAAAUUAUUCAGCAAAGAGAGGUUCAUUAUCAUGUAUUGUCGGUAGAGUAGGUACUGGGAAAUCAUCAUUCCUUUAUGGAUUAUUAGGACAAUUAGUGAUUGUUAAAGGCGAUGGAGAUCUGGAACCUUCACUCAAUAUCAAUGGAAAUAUCGCCUAUUGUGCUCAAUCACCCUGGAUUAUGAAUGCAUCAUUUAAGGAAAAUAUUAUCUUUGGUCAUAGAUAUGAUGAAGAAUUUUAUCAAAAGACGAUUGAUGCAUGUCAAUUAUUACCUGAUUUGAAAGUAUUACCCGAUGGAGAUGAUACGCAAGUCGGAGAGAAAGGUAUUUCAUUAUCAGGAGGUCAAAAGGCAAGAUUAUCAUUAGCUAGAGCUGUAUAUGCUCGUGCUGAUAUUUAUUUAUUAGAUGACGUUUUAAGUGCUGUUGAUUCUCAUGUGGGUAAGAAUUUAUUGACUCAAGUGUUUAGUAGACAAACGGGAAUUUUAUCAUCUAGAACCAUUAUAUUAAAUACAAACUCGAUUGCUGCAUUAGAAUUCGCCGAUGAUAUUAAUUUAAUCUCUGGAGGUAGAUUCAUUGAAACUAGUUCGUUUGCUGAUAUUAAUUUAGCUCAUCAUCCUAAAUUAUACGAAUUAGUAAAUGAAUAUGGUAAUGGUGAAAAAGUUUCGAAGUCUCCUUCUGUAAUUGAUACAAACACCCUUAUUGCAACCACCACUGAACAAGAUGACGAUGCUGCUAUUCUUGAUCAAGAAGACGAAUCCAUCUAUGAUUUCAGUCCUCAAAUUAACGCUUUCAAAGGAUUAAGAAGAGCAAGUGUCGCAAGUUUAAGAUAUGAACCUCUGAAGAAAUUAGUCGGUACUUUAAGAAGUAGUCAAAUUAAAGAAGUCAGUGAAAAGGGUAAAGUUAAGUGGUCAGUUUAUUUGGAAUAUGCUAGAGCAUGUUCAUUAAUUGGGGUUAAUAUUUGGUUUUUACUUUUAGUAUUUGCAUCUACUGUAACAAUUGGAGGUAAUUAUUGGUUAAAGAAUUGGACUGAACAAAAUAGUCAUGCUGGUUCGAAUUCAGAUGUAUGGAGAUUUAUUAUUGUUUAUGCUAUUCUUGGAUUUGGUGCAAGUUUUGCUAAUAUUAUAAGAGGGAUAGUCAUGAUGUUAUGGUUAGGAUUGAAUGCUUCUCGUAAGAUUCAUGAUAGAAUGGCCUUAAGAGUAGUCAAAGCUCCUAUGUCAUUUUUUGAUCGUACUCCAAUUGGAAGAAUCAUGAAUCGUUUCACUAAUGAUAUUAAUCAAAUUGAUGAUAAUGUUCCUAGAAUCUUACAAGAUUUCAUGGGUCAUGUAAUGAAUACCCUUAUUGCUUUCCUUACGGUUGGAUUAAUCAUGCCAUGGUUCAUCAUUGUUAUAUUCUCCUUAUCCGGUAUUUAUUGGUAUUAUCAACUUUAUUACGUAUCUAUAUCAAGAGAAUUAAAGAGAUUAAUUUCAAUUUCUACUUCACCAAUUUUUGGACAUUUAGGAGAAACUUUAAGUGGGAUAGAUACAAUUAGAGCAUAUGAUCAAUAUAAUCGAUUUGAUUAUAUAAAUAAUGCCAAUGUAGAUUUCAAUUUACGUUCAGCCUAUCUACUUAGAUCUGUGCAAAGAUGGUUGAUCUCAAGGUUGAGAUUAAUUGGAUCAUUAGGAACUUUUUGUGCAUCACUAUUAGCCAUCUAUACCGUGACUACAAAGACUCCAUUAACUUCUUCAAUGGCUGGGUUCGUUAUGGCAUGUGCUUUACAAGUUACUAAUUCAUUAAGAUCGGUAGUAAGAAUGUCUGCUGAAGUUGAGAAUAAUAUCAUUUCAGUAGAGAGAUGUUUGGAAUAUACAACUUUACCAGUUGAAAGAGGUGAAGAUGAUGAUGAUGAUUUAACUAAAUUUGUUAAACCUCCAUUACAUUGGCCCCAAGAAGGAGAAAUUUACUUCCAUAAUUAUUCUACUAGAUAUCGUGAAAAUCUUGAUUUAGUGUUAAAGAAUAUUUCAUUACAUAUUAAACCAGGUGAACAUAUUGGAGCAGUUGGUAGAACUGGAGCUGGUAAGAGUUCAUUAGCAUUAAGUAUUUUCCGUAUUAUUGAAGCCGCCGGUGGUAAUAUUGAAAUUGAUAGACUUAAUACUAGUAAUAUGCAAUUAUAUGACUUGAGACAUAGAUUAAGUAUCAUUCCACAAGACUCUCAAUUACUUGAAGGUACUAUUAGACAGAAUUUAGAUCCAUUUAAUUAUUAUACAGACGAAGAAGUCUGGAAGGCAUUAGAGUUAGCUCACUUAAAAGAACAUAUUUUAAGUUUAGAAGAUAAGAAUGAAGAUGCCAAUGUUGAAGUUGAUGUUAAUAGAUCCAAGUUAGAAUAUAAAGUUUAUGAAGGUGGAUUAAACUUUUCAUCCGGACAAAGACAAUUGAUGUCAUUAGCUAGAGUGUUAUUAAAGAUGAGUGAUUCACAAGUAUUAGUAUUAGAUGAAGCUACUGCUGCUGUUGAUGUUCAAACUGAUAAGAUCAUUCAAGAAACUAUUAGAAGUGAAUUCAAAUCGAAGACGAUUAUCACAAUUGCCCAUAGAUUGGACACAGUUAUGGACUCGGACAAGAUCAUAAGUUUAGAUCAAGGACAGGUUAAAGAAUUUGAUUCUCCACAAAAUUUACUUAAUAAGGAAGAUGGUAUUUUCUAUAGUUUAUGUAAACAAGGUGGAUAUAUUUAGACAAUUUUAUCAUUAACAAAUUUAAAUAAAAAUAAUUUAUAUUUAAUAGCUAUAUUGCAGACGUAACAGAGAGGUUAAAUCUCAAUCCCAUUAUUCUUUCUAAUUUUUGAAAUACCUCUCUUAUUAGAUAUUCUUGGUCUCCCUGUCAUAGUCAUCUUUAGCAAUCAUAUUAUUUAAAUGUUCCAUUAUCAUCUCCAAGUCUUUUAUCAAGCUUUUUCUUUCUUCAGCUGUCAACUCUGUAAUGGUUAUGUAUUCUAAGAAUUCUCUUAAAUACUUAUUUUUAACUUGAUACAUAUUACCCAUGAUACAUAUAGCCAAUUAUUGAAAAUAAUAGAUAAAUAAGUAGCUUUAAAUAAUGA